GAUAGUUUUUUCUUCCUCGUACUGGUUUAUUAGGAAUUCAUUUAUUAUUAUUAUCUAGCAUUUAGUUAUUUCAGAGUGGAGAUGUUUCGGUUUUCAGCGCAACGCAUGAUGUCAAGAACCCUUGGGCUUCUCACUUCGUAUGGUGUGCCUGAGGGCUUUGAAUUUCUCGAACACAAAGUUGUCGACAAGGAUAUUCACGCUAACUAUGAGAAUCUGGAGACUCUCAAGUUAACCCUAACUCGUCAAGAUGAGUUUAUUUUCAACGAAAAGCGCGUCAAGUGUGUUACUGUUGCUGGUACCAAUGGUGAGUGUGGUAUUUAUCCUGGCCAUGCUUAUAAGAUCAUUAAGUUGACUCCGGCUCCUAUCAUUGUGGAACUAACCAAUGGAGCCAUCAAACGGUUUUUCGCGAGCGGAGGUUUUGCACACGUCAAUAACGAAGGGUCGUGCGAUAUUAACUGCAUUGAAUGCAUUCCCUUCGCUGAACUAGACCUUGACGCAGCUGAGAAGGCACUGGUUGAGCAGAAUGCAAUUCUUGCCUCUUCGAAAGAUGAAAAGGUGAAGUCGGUAGUCGAAAUUCGUAUUGGUGUUUUGGAAGGGGUUAUUCAAGCGCUUCGUAGCCACCAGUAGUUACUUGUGUGUAGGUGUUCUUUGCUGAAAAGGGGGCAAAAAUCAAUUUAGGUCCUGUUAGGUGUAUGAUAUUGUUGUUGGAAGGAGUAUUACUUUAAAGUCGAACUUUUUGCCUUCAACACAGCUAUCGUUAACUUUAUCGAAAAAUAAGUGGCCAUCUACUCCAUUGAGGGUAUGCUAGAAGUAGGAUAGUACAAUGAAGAUUUUUUUCUCAACCUUUUUAUCGAUGUUUGUCCGUGCCCUCUGACUCGCGCUAAUUAGCGAUAUGGUUUU